AAUGAUGACAGUUCAAACAGUCCCAAAAUGCAACGGAAAGACGGGUCCGAUAAUAUGAUUUCUGUCCGUGGACCGCGACACCGUGACAACCGACCGAUAUCUUGACAUUUAACGGCAAACGGGAAUGCGCAUGUAAAUAUGCAGUUGAGUUUGUUUUUGCGCGCCCACUAAGUGAAACGAAGGGCACGAGCAAAACCAGGACACGGAAGCGGACUGGGGUGGCGCAGAAUCGAAUAAACUCAGGAUCUUAACAGUUGCGGUUAUUUCCAACCCUACCGAGUUCGUUUAUAACGGACGGUUCGACGAAUGCUCGAAUCUAUUAAAGAGGUUAAUUCACAGAAGGAAGACCGUGGAGGGUGGGCAGAUUUUCAACUGCUAUGAGGAUUCUCAAAUUCUUCAUGGGGUACAGUUGCAGAACUCUAUGUGCUGUGUAACGUUGGCUUUGUUUGAAGAAGUUGCAUGAAACUGGUAAUUCCCACUCUGGGCCAGACAUGUCUGUGAUAGUGGGAGAGGGGCGGUUCAUAGCCCAGAGGGUCACCAGAAGCAUCACCUACUACUACACCAGCCGGACACCAGGGGGUGAUACCCCUGCCCCCUCUCCUCCUACCAUCUCCCCCACCUCCUCCCAUCCAGACGCUCCUUUUCCCUCACCCUCCCUCUCCACCCCCUCCUCCCAUCCAGACGCUCCUUUUCCCUCACCCUCACCCUCCCUCUCCACCACCUUGCUCCCAGACUUGCCCUCUCACCACAACGUUUCCUCAGUUCUCACCCCUUCCGCUUUGGAUGUACCAACCCUCUCUCCAUCCUCGCCCACCUCCUCCCCCCGUCCCCUCCUCCUGCUUUUCCCGUGGCUGGGCGCCCAACCGGGGGCCAUGGCGAAGUACCGGGACCUCUACCUGGAGCGCGGCCUGGACAUCCUAUCUGUGGAGAGCACUGUGUGGCACUUCCUGUGGCCUCGCUGGGGGCUGGAGUAUGGGGCUGAGGUCCUGGAGGUCCUGGGAGACUCUCGUUUCAAAGGUCGCCCCCUUCUGGUCCACGCCUUCUCCAUCGGCGGGUACACCUUCACCCAGCUGCUCAGCCAGAUUGUCAGGGAGCCACACAAGUACCCAGGCCUGGCCCAACGGGUCGUAGGACAUGUCUAUGACAGCAUGGUGGUCGGGUCGCUGGGGCAUAUGGCUAAAGGCCUGGGCAAGACCCUGUUCCCUCGUAUCGAGCCCCUGGUGCGAUACACUGCUCUGCUCUACUUCUGGCUCUUCAAGUCCCAGACGGUGUACUACUACGACGAGUCAGUCCAGGUCUUCUACAACAGCCCCGUCACCGCCCGGCGCUCUUCUUCUUCUGCGAGAACGACCCGCUGUGCGACCCCGUCGCCAUGGAGGCGAUCCUCGACUUCUGGAGGAAGCGGGGCGUUGCUGUGGAAACCAGGAAGUGGAAGGAGUCUGUGCACGCUGCUCAUCUGCGCUGUCACCCGGAGGAGUACCUCUCAACACUGGAGACAUUUUUUCACUCGCUCAACACCGCCCCCCUCAGGGCUAAGAUGUAAAUGGUUCAUGUGCUAAUCACAUUGAGGGGUUUGAUAAUUCAAUAAAACCGGCAAACUCAUGCUCCAAAACAAAUGUUAGAACAGAUGUUAUAACAAUAUUAUAACAUAGUAUAACAUAGUGUAGUCAUGUAGCAUGUAAACUUUUAUCCAUAGAAACUUGUUUGACACAUACUAUAUGGAUCACGAGUGAAUCAAACCCUCAACACACUAGUUUUACUUCCCUGUUGCUAUAAUAACAACAUCCAAUCCUAACUCCUAGCAUGUGGUUUGACUGUGCUACGUAUUAUUAUCUAUUUGUACAGAUAUAGGAUCUUAAUUUGACCUGCAUUGUCAUAGCAAAAUAAUGAAUGUUUUAGUCCAUAAUGUUUCUUGAUCAGUGGUCAGGCUAUUAAAAGUUGGCAACAUGAAAAGUGCAGCACUGUUAAUGUAAUUGUGUUUGUGUGGGUUUUCUGUGAAUGUAUGUAAAUCACGAAGCUCAUCUUCAUUCCCUGAAAAAUUCUCAGCAACAAGAGUGAUCAAAUUAAGUUACUAUAUCUGUAUGUGAGCUUACACAAUAUUGUCCAUGACACAGUCCAUACGCACCAGUUAACAGCAAGGGCACUGUGUUUAUGGUGAAACACAUGAUAGACACAACUCACUAUACGUUGAUUCGCAAGGAGUGUGAGGGUAUGACGAAAGGAAAGAAAUAGAAAAACACAGGAGAUAAGGAAGAGAUACCAUGAGAGAGGUGGAAAAAAGAGUUCAUGCCUGUCGAUUCAAUGAGUAGCGAGUGCCAAACAAUCUGUGGGGGGUUUCAUAUCAGGCAUUUCUGGCACCUGUUGCAUAUUUCAUCUACUUUGUAUUAAACUUUUGAAGUCUG